AUGAAACUGGCAUUCGUAACUGGGUCAAACAAAGGCAUUGGAUUUAGCAUUGUUGAAAAACUUGCAGAAUUUUACGGAGCAUCAGGAGAGUGGGAUAUUUAUCUAACAGCUCGAGAUGUUGAGCUUGGUCAGGAAGCUGUGGAGAAGCUCAGUAACAAUGGUUUGGAUGUUAAAUUCCAUCAACUAGAUAUAACGGAUCGAAAUAGUCGAAAAGCGUUCCUGACAUUCAUAGAGACAAACUAUCCUAAUGGAAUCAACAUUGCAGUAAAUAAUGCUGGGAUUGCCUUUAAAGCUGACUCUCCAGAAUCAUUUGGCGAGCAAGCACGAGUCACUGUUAACACUAACUUCACUUCGACUAUCGAUUUCACUGAAGAGUUCAUUCCCUUACUAGCUGAAAAUGCCAGAGUCGUCAAUGUAUCUUCUUCUCUUUCUUUGUUCAAUCUGUUGAAGCUUAGCGAUGAUCUGUAUGAAAAAUUUGUCGGCCAAAUGAAUCUUUUUGAACUAAAAGAACUCAUGACGGAGUUUGUAAAGUCUGCUGAAGAUGGUACUUAUUCUGAAAAAGGUUGGGUGUCAAGUGCGUAUACGGUAUCUAAAAUAGGUGUUACAAAGGCUUCGUUUAUUUUCGGUGAAAUGCUGAAAGAUGAUCCAAGACGGAUCGUGAUAAAUUCAUGUUGUCCUGGUUUUGUUGACACUGAUAUGACUGACCAUAAAGGAGUAAAGACAACGGAUGAAGGUGCUGAUACACCGUUCUAUUUGGCCACAUUACCGAUUGACUCAAAAGAACCGAAUAAUCAAUUCGUCUACGAAAGGAAGGUGGUUAAAUGGUCCAAAUGA